GAUAACAACUACAGUACUUGUACAUCAAAGUGCGUCGAAAGAAAGGAGUGCGAUUACUUUUGACCUGAUCAGAUUGACCUACGGCACCCGAUCAAAAGCAAAGAAGAAUGACAGGAUCAAGAGUUGGUGACACUUUUGUGCUUUACUGYCUGCUAUUCGGCGCCGCUCUUUURUGCGRGUGUAGUGCCUGGGUGACAACGACGAAUCCAACAGUACACAAGUCCAAAACGCUAUUUUCCACUCCCUUUGAGUUGGAUUAUUACGAAGAUUCGGAAAACCCUUAUGGUUCCGAAGAUGUCUCUUCCCUGGCAUGUAGUCCGGAYACGAARCUUGUGAUUGGACUCAACAAGUACACACACGAUACAUCUCUUUGCGCUGCCGAUGCCAAGACRGGAGAGGUUCUAUUUGCUAUUUCGAAGGAACGAUUGUCUCGAAAAAAACACGAUGCUGGAAAUGUCGCUAGCAUGGUAGAGGCUUGCCUCGAUGCUCUGGACUUAGAUUACGACGACGCCAUCGAAAAGGUUGUGAUGAACAACCAUCACCAUCGCAUACUGCCUUUAGAAAAGGAUCGAAUGCACAUGCAGUGGGAAGUCGGCCUCAACAUUAACGGAGGUAGCGAAGGAGACGAAUACAACGACGAAUUCAACUUGCUAGACGUKGUUGAGGACGACAACAAGAUGGAGUUAUCCCAUCAUUUGGCUCAUGCUUACUCGACGGCGACACAGUCACCCUUCGACAAKGGCAUGGUCGUGGUUAUGGAUGGAAUGGGAGAAAGCUAUCGGACGAUGUUGCAAGCAAGGAAAACAAAGGAUUCGACGUACGUUAGCGAUUUGAGUUUUCCAUCCAAGGAAGAGGAUGACGGUGACGGAUUCGCAUUCGAUUGCAUUCCGAGCAACCUUGCCGAACAGGCUCAAUACACUCCAUUCGAUUGGAGAGAAGCAGAAACCGUUUAUACGUUCAAAAAGAAGGCAAAUACCAUCGACUUGAAACCUGUGUUCAAGCGGUUUACACCAGAACGAUCGCCGCCCACACUUUACAAUCACGGCUUUGAAAAUAUGGACAGUGUCGGUGCUCUAUAUUCAAGAGCUUCAUCGCACAUUUUCGGGGAUUGGAACGCUUGCGGCAAAGUCAUGGGGUUGGCCCCCUGGAUAAUUCAUUCAUGGAAGAAAAAGGAAUCCUCGCUUUUAUCCGAAGAUGAAUCAGUAGAGGUGAAACCCGAGGAAGAAACUCGACGCAUCUUGCAGGGAACACUUUAUUCCGAAGACGAAGAAUCGAAAUUUCAGAAAAAUACAAAUGUGAUUACGGGGAUGCCUCUUAUUGCUCGAAUGGAUGCAGAUCUAUUCGAYGGCCAAGGAAACCUACUGCCAAAAAGAAGAUAYGAUUUCGACGAUAGCGAAGAAAAUGACGAACAAAAAGGUGGGAAAGAAGCCAGACUUCCAACAAAGGUCGCUAUUGAAGCUAUUUCUCUUGCUCAUCGGAUACAGGUCGACUUAGAAGAUAUUACAUUGGACUUUGUGAAAUACUUUCAGAAGGUAACUGGUGAGGAGAAUCUAUGCAUAGCAGGUGGUGUYGGACUUAAUUCGGUCUUAAACGGGAAACUAUCGAGAGASCUAGGCUUCAAAAACACAUUUAUUUCUCCGUAUCCGGGAGACGAUGGAAUUGCUGUUGGAUGCUGUGCUUAUGGACUCUUUGGGAACGAGCGCCUUGAUAAGUUGAAAARCCAAGGCAGCGAUACUACUAAGGGAGGGAAAAUCCAACCACCGAUUUGGAAAUCUCCGAUCUCACCUUAUCUUGGGCCAGAUCCAUCUGAAAUCGCUAUAAAGGAAGCCAUUGAUGCAGCAAUGCCGUGGUUGGAGGUCGAUAUGAUUCGCGACGAAGGCACUCGACUUGAUAUGGCUGUUGCGGAAAUUGAGAUGGGGGGUGUCGUCGCACUUUAUCAGGGUAGAUCAGAACUUGGACCCCGUGCCCUGGGUCAUCGAAGUAUUUUGGCUGAUCCACGAAAGAAAGGCCUUGUGCGUUUCAUCAAUGAACACGUGAAGAAGCGAGAAUCCUUUCGUCCAUUUGCCCCCAGUGCUCUGGCCGAGCAUGUUUCCGAUUGGUUUGAGACAGAUGAGUACAAUGAUAACAAUUUUAGCCCCUUCAUGAGCCUCACGGCAAUGGUUAAGAAAGAAAAAAGAGCAAGAAUUCCAGCCGUCACCCACGUGGAUGGGUCAUCCCGUCUUCAAACUGUUACUCGCGAAGCCGACGGCCUCUAYCACAGGCUAAUUACCAAGUUUUACGAAUUAACUGGAGUUCCCAUGGUUUUGAAUACUUCCUUYAACACUCUGCCAGGAGAGCCAAUCGUCGAAAGCCCCAAAGAUGCAAUUCGUAGUUUCUUGUGUUCCAUGGGAUCGAUCGAAAUGCUUGUCAUGGGCGAUUAUGUAAUCAAGCGUAAGAAAGCUGAUCUCCGUGCCCUGCUCGGAGAAACCGACCAACGGGAACAAGAAUUUAUUGUGGAACCUACGUGCCCGAGGCGAGCUGGCCCUACCACRUUUGAAACCACCUUCGAAGCCGACGACGACGAGAUGGACACAUCACAGGUUGUCACCACGACCCGCGUGCGAAUGCCUGACCGACCGAUGCAUUCCGAUAAGGGUGGAUCAUGGUUCUAUCUCCUUGACGAGCUGGAGGGUGAACUUUUGUCAAUAUGCGAUGGAUCUGCAAAUCUGAAUGAAAUUUUGGCGGAAUAUACAGCAGCGAAGUAUUCAGAGGAUGAAAAAGAAGAUGCUAAUGAGCUAGAAAAUGAUAGGGUCGAAGAGACGCAAGUCAUGUUACAAAAUAUUGUCCAUCGACUGGUACGAUUGUACGAACAUACUUUGAUCAGUUGGUAAUGAAGAUCAUCAUAGAAAACGGAUAUAACACGUAGAAGUAGCUGCUACGAAUUGUGCGUUUGCGAAGUGACAAUAUCACUCGUGUAUUAAAUACCUUCCGAACUCACAAGAAUAUUUCGYGAUGUAUACGUUUUCUUGGGAGACUUUUUUUAAAAAUAAUUCCUUUGCUCGAUUCAUAAAAUACUAGCUGCUUGUACUAAUGGUUCAGCCCUAGGGUCUUCACAACUUUGCGGUACGAUUCGAAAUCCUUUCGCUCCAUGUAGUCCAAGAGCUUGCGCCGCCGGACGUACAGAGCAUCCAAUCCACGCUUGCUGUGCUUAUCUUUUUUGUGUUUGCUGUAAUGAGUCUGGAUUUGCUGAAUACGYGUGGUCAGGGCAAUAACUUGCACCGCUGACGAACCGGUAUCGCCCUCUCGCAUUUGAAAUAUCUCCAUGGCCUGCUGCUUUUGGGCCUUCACUACUUCCUUUUGGUUACCGUUGUGAAGGUUAAGUAGUUUUUUCACGCGGUCGCUCAUAACAAGAUCGCUGGAAUCGGUAAACCCAAAUCGAAGGAGCUCGGGUUUGUUGUCUUUCUGAAACUUCAUUCUGUCCUGGAGCUCUUGGGCUGCCCGCUCGUCCUGACGUCUGGAAUCGGCGAGUCGUUCUUCUUUCGAGACUGCGUUCAGAACUGGCGUAU